AUGGACACAUCAAACGGUGUCACCUUUUUCCCAUUCCAGCCGACACCAUCCAAUCAGGUCUCCAUUGUGGAUGUCUUCUUUCCUGGCUUCGGCACCGUGUUUUCCUCCAUGCAGCAUCUCUUAGCUGGAAACUUAGACAUCUAUGUUCGUCUGCUAGGCUUCUGCGGAAUGCUCACAUUCCUGGGCAGAUGUGGAUUCCGUUAUUUGACGGAAUUCGUGGAAACUUACUUUACCUCAACAGUCACUGUGUCCCAAAACGAUGAAGCAUCCUCCCUAGCCAGCGUUGGCUCAAGAAAGAGACGGGUAUACGCUGCUGAUAAAUCGAACACACACAAGAAAAAGGCUCUAGUGUAUACCCCGUGGAAUGGCUCGGUUUACUUUUGGUACAAAAACCACUUGCUUCGGCUUUCUUGUAGAGUGAAAGAGGGUGUUUUCAAUCAGCAAGAAGUACUUCGUCUCUCUUGCUUCGGAAGAUCUCCAAGGAUUGUGAAAGAGCUCCUUGAGGAGGGUCGAACUGAGUACCUCAAAAGUACUCAGAACAUGACAUCUGUCUUCGAAAAUGAAAAUGGGGAGUGGAGGAAGGCAACGUCCCGGAACAUCAGGCCCAUCUCCACGGUGAUCAUGAACGAGGGCGAUAAGAAGGCACUGGUGGAAGAUAUUCAGGACUUCCUCAGUGAAGAGACUCGUAACUGGUAUGCAAGACGAGGCAUUCAAUAUAAAAGAGGGUUCCUCUGGUAUGGGCCUCCAGGAACUGGAAAGUCCAGUUUCAGCUUCUCUAUCGCUGGGCAGUUCGAAUUGGACAUCUAUUUACUCAUCAUUCCGAAGGUCGACGACAGCAGACUGACCAGUCUGUUUGCUAAGCUCCCUCCACACUGCAUAGUUCUCUUGGAAGACGUUGACGGUGUUGGUACUGCACGGACUGAGGGGCCAGAAAAACCAAAAACCCUCAGCGAGAGCUCGACUCCUCGGAAGGAGACAAAUAUCCUGGGAAGUUGUCGAUGUCUGGGCUUCUCAACGCUCUAG